AUGAGGGUGUCACGGUCAAAAGGGUCUCCUCAGGGUCUCCUCAGGGUCACCUCAGGGUCUCCUCAGGGUCACCUCAGGGUCUCCUCAGGGUCUCCUCAGGGUCACCUCAGGGUCUCCUCAGGGUCACCUCUUCAGGUCGGGUCUCCUCAGGGGCCUGUCAGGGUCCUCAGGGUCACCUCAGGGUCUCCUCAGGGUCUCAGGGUCUCCUCAGGUCUCCUCAGGGUCACUCAGGUCUCCUCAGGGUCACCUCAGGGUCUCCUCAGGGUCACCUCAGGGUCACCUCAGGUCACCUCAGGGUCUCCUCAGGGUCUCCUCAGGGUCACCUCAGGGUCACCUCAGGGUCUCCUCAGGGUCACCUCAGGGUCUCCUCAGGGUCUUCAGGUCACCUCAGGGUCCUCAGGGUCUCCUCAGGGUCUCCUCUCAGGGUCCUCAGGGUCCUCAGGGUCCCUCAGGUCACCUCAGGGUCACCUCAGGGUCACCUCAGGGUCUCCUCAGGGUCUCCUCAGGGUCUCCUCAGGGUCCUCAGGGUCUCCUCAGGGUCUCCUCAGGUCACCUCAGGGUCACCUCAGGUCUCCUCUCAGGGUCUCCUCAGGGUCUCCUCAGGUCACCUCAGGGUCUCCUCAGGGUCAGGUCACCUCAGGGUCGCCUCAGGGUCUCCUCAGGGUCUCCUCAGGGUCGCCUCAGGGUCUCCUCAGGGUCGCCUCAGGUCCUCAGGGUCACCUCAGGUCGCCUCAGGGUCUCCUCAGGGUCACCUCAGGGUCUCCUCAGGGUCUCCUCAGGGUCACCUCAGGGUUCUCUCAGGGUCUCUCAGGUCCCUCAGGGUCUCCUCAGGGUCACCUCAGGGUCACCUCAGGGUCACCUCAGGGUCUCCUCAGGGUCUCCUCAGGGUCACCUCAGGGUCACCUCAGGGUCUCCUCAGGGUCUCCUCAGGGUCUCCUCAGGGUCUCCUCAGGGUCACCUCAGGGUCUCCUCAGGGUCUCCUCAGGGUCUCCUCAGGGUCACCUCAGGGUCUCCUCAGGGUCACCUCAGGGUCACCUCAGGGUCUCCUCAGGGUCUCCUCAGGGUCACCUCAGGGUCACCUCAGGGUCUCCUCAGGGUCACCUCAGGGUCUCCUCAGGGUCACCUCAGGGUCUCCUCAGGGUCUCCUCAGGGUCACCUCAGGGUCACCUCAGGGUCACCUUAGGGUCUCCUCAGUUCCUCAAACAUCUCCAAGAUGGCGGCGGCGGCGGAGAGCAGCGGUGUGUCGGGCCGCGCGCAUCCGCCUCGGGAGCACUGACCGCGGGCGGAGGAGGAGCGACUCUCCCCGGGGAGGAUACACCCACCUCCAGCGGCUCUGCGGACUCUCAACCACCCACCGACACCGGCCCGCGCCUCCCUCCCCGCGGCUGUGACACGCUCCGGACCCCCGCGGGAGGAGCGGGAGGAGCGGACGGACCCGGGCGGAGCGGCGGAGCGCGGCGGCGGGGCACGGAGCUCCUCGGGACCGGUACGUGGACGUGA